AUGGGGAAAAGACGAUCAGUCUACGCAAGACUAUUGGAUUGUUUCAGCCCAUCGAUGCUUCUUGUUUAUGCGUCCUAUGUGAAUGGUAUAAUAACAUGCAUAUUAGAGAAAUGUGAAUCAUUAACGAAUUGUCCAACAGUGUGGAAUCGUAAUAAUAACACCUGUUGUAUGAAAUGUUUACAUUGCAAUCAUUUGGGUAUUAAACGAAGUAAUAAUCAAAUUUGGAUGAGUACGCAAGAUGUGUGCACACAAAUCUCAUGCAAAGCUGGUGUUAUAACAAGUUGGCGGAUUCAGUGUGUAUCAAAUUGCUCAAAUGGACGUUUAUUAGCCGGAUUUUGCUGUGAAUUAUGCUUAAAACCAAUAGAAGCUAAUGAUCAAUGUGUUCGAUGUGACCUGGUAUUAAAUCGAUGGUACCACUGUUAUCGCUUUACUUGUCCUGUAUUGAACUGUCCACUAUCACAACAUACAAAACAUCCAAAAAGGUGUUGUCCGGAAUGUAAAAAUCAUACAGUUAUUUCGAAAGAUUCAAAUCUAGCAGUAUCAAAUGGUUCACAUUGCUUCUUUCGUGGACAAUACUAUCAAGUGCACAAUACAUUUCGCAUAGAUUCAUGCUCACGUUGCUCUUGUCAACCAGGUGGAAUUAUUUGUAGAAGAUUUGUUUGUCCACUGAAAGAAUGUGAUAUGACGCACAUAUUUUAUAAACCUAAUGUUUGUUGUCCAUUUUGCUUUCGAAAAAAAAAUCCAUGCAAAGGAAUGGAUAUUAACGGAAAUGAAGUGCUAGUGGAGCAUGGUACAAAAUGGACAUUGGACAGUAAUUGUCUUAAUUGCAUAUGCAUUAAUGGAUAUAUAAAAUGUAAAAAAAUAGAUUGUCAAUGGAAAGGAAAGUGUCCCCAAGGACGACGUUUUAAAAAAGUGAAUGGAUCAUGCUGUCACCAAUGUGAGCUAAAGGAAAGUUCAUGUACUAUAUUUGGUGAUUUGCGAUAUUUAACAUUUGACAAAUUUGGUUAUUCAUUUCAUGGAACAUGCAACUACAUUCUUGCGCAGGAAUGCUCACAAAAUGGGAUUGAUCCACAGUUCAAGAUAAUUGGUAUAAAUAGUGGAAAAGCAGCAUUAAUGUGGACACGACGUGUGAUUAUUUACAUUUCACUUUUCAACGGAACUUUUUUUACGAUACAUUUAUUACCAAAAAAGGUUAUACGUGAACGUACAAAUAUAAUUAGCAUACCACACGUCCGCUAUAGUGAUUGGCCAGAAUACCGAGCUUUUGAAGAUCCUACCACCGGACAUAUUAUCGUUUCAUUUAAAUUGAUCGGUUUGAAAGUAAUUUGGGAUGGGAAAUCAUUUAUUGAAAUUAUCCUCUCCAAACGACAUCAAUCCAAGGUUUGCGGCUUAUGUGGUAAUUUCAACGGUGAUCCCAAUGAUGAUCUGAUAUCUCGUUAUGCGAGUUCAUCAAAUCAAUCCAUAUCACAUUUUGCCCGAUCGUGGGCCUAUGAUAUUUCAUGCAGACAACAUCAAACAAAAAGAAAUGAUCUUAAUUAUGUAAGACUUGCAUAA